AUGUCGAUAUUUAAGGAGCUCCGGCGGCGAUCCAGAGCCAGCUUCCGAACAAGCACCUCUACCGAUUCUCAGUCCAAUGACAACACGAACAGUGGCCAAUCCUCCUCCACAAUAGGAACGGUAGACAAUUCAACAUCGCCGACCUCGUCUAUUAAACCCUCCAUAUCUUCUCCUAAUCUCAGUGCCCUCAACGAGACAGCGAACGGCUCUGGAGCGCCCCCUGUGCCAUCGCCACUCCCCCAACGUCCUGUACCUAUAACCUCUCAAUCAAACCGCCAAAGCUACUAUGUAUCCGGGCCCUCAUCCUCGAAAACUUGUCAUUCAACCAAUAGCUCCCCCGCGAACGGCUCUAUUCGAACACCCAUGGCAACCUCUCCAUACGCACCACGCAUCAUAUCUAUAUCGGACAAUUCAUGGGUACAUCAAAAAAUAUUGUUAGUGUCGGGCCACAUAGGCGACCCACGACAGCGUCCAAUUGACGGAACCAUAACCCUACAUCACAACCAGGACAGCUUUCCGGCGACUUCAUGGCCGGUUUGCGACUCUCAUUUCAAGGUACUUGUUCACUUGGUCCCUGGACCGAAUCGACUGCGGUUCGAUUUUAGUUCCCCCAAAUUGUCCUCCAGCUCAGUCUCCAGCCAUUCGUCCUGGCAUAGCAUCAACUACCUCCCUUUAACGAAUUCGCCGCCGCUUGACUUGGUGAUACUGCUAGCAAAAGAUUCGCCGGGAACGUUCGACUCUGUACCUGAACGUAUUCAGAGCGAGGGGAAUGAUCUCGACUUGGCUGUGAAGAAGUAUCGAAUGGCUGCGUACCUAUGGCAAGCUUUCACCGGCGAACAAAUGUUUCGUAAUAAUUUCGGGAGAAGAUGUUUUCGAUUGGAAGAAGAAUGGCAAACGGGAACUUUAAGCCAGCGGGACUCUUCUACGGGACAGAUCAGAAACGAAGCAAGAGUGCAUAUUGUGCGAAGCGACAAGACUGUCGCUGAAUUACGAGACUUGAACAUAGCUCAACAGUACGGGCCUGCGACAAGAAAAGACGAGUUGUUCAACAUUACAAAAGAAGCAGUGACAGCGUACUUCCGGCCUCACCCUGAGCAGAAGCGUUAUGUUUCGGUUUUACUGCUCGACUCACAUUGGGACACUUCAUCUCAAGUGAUUACAGCACACGCUGCUCUAGGUUCUGACGGUGGUAACAUAAAGAUGGCAAUCUUCGGUUCGCAUAGUCUGCACAGCUACCCAUCCUGUUUGGAAGAGGUCGUUUCUGCUUUCUCUGACUGCGCAGAAACCGAUACCAGAUACGUCGCAAACGAUUGUGGAGAAGCAGGAAGUAAUUGGGAGGCAGCCAAUAUCGGCAUUGGUGCUCAUUUGCAUGAGGUCGGUCAUUUGUUUGGCAAUCCACAUCGAGAAUCUGGUGUCAUGCUACGUGAUUAUACUCGCUUGAAUCGAACCUUCACUACUCGUGAGCCGUAUUCGACUCGCACCCAGUCUCAGGGCCUCAAACUUUGCCUGCCAGCCGACGAAUGCCAAUGGCACCGCCUCGACGUCCUUAGAUUUAGAUUUCAUCCUUGCUUCCGUCUACCGAGCGACCCUCCCAGUCAUCCAGAUGACAGCAUUCAAUCUUGGGCAGUAGACAAUGGGAAAAUAUUGAUCACGGCAGCAUCAGGUGUGGCUUACCUGGAGCUUUAUACGGAAGGCGAUGAUCUCUGCCACAAGUAUAUGGAAUUCAUCAACAACGAAUCUCCGAACAGCGGCAUACCGAGACAGGUGGCCAUCACCGAAACUGAGCUGCGGCAGCUCCUGCCUGCUGACCAGCAAAAGAAGAAAAUACGGGUUGAGAUAUUUUCAGGCAAUCUUGGGACGCAUAAAAUAGAUGAUUUGGGGGAUUUGAAGUCGAAAAGGUCCAUUGUCAAACUUCCCAAAGGGCAGGCGGGCUUCCGAAGCAGCAAACUAGGGUGCUCCCAGUUAGAAGGCAGUGAACCUCAGGAAGUCAUUCUGGAUAGUGUCUUUAUUCAGAAGAAGCUGUUGACGUCCAUCAAGGUCUACCAUGGCUAUGCUCUUGAUGGUCUUGAGUUCUGUUAUGAAGAUGCAACCAGUCAACUGUUUGGCAAACGAGGUGGGAAGCCCGGGGGUGAUGAAUUUGUUUUUGACACACGACGGGGAGAACAUUUACUAGGUUUCUAUAUCCGAGCUGGUCUCUGGAUUGAUGGUAUUGAGAUUAUCACGAGUUUCGGGAGGAAAUCGGGGGUAUAUGGGAACGCUACCGGAGGAUCUGGACAUACGUUAAUACCUCCUCGGGGCUACAGCGUUGCUGGGGUGUCUGGAUCAUGUGGUCCAUGGGUUGACGGAUUUUCAUUGAUCAUCACAAGGUAACGGCCUCGUUUGGUGUGAUCGACUGUAUGCUUAUCUACAAAUGGGGUGGCUCAUUUAUUUUCGACUGUUUAAUUUCGACAUUCUUUAUGACGCUUGAUGCGCUUGUGCAGGGUGAUGACAGCACCUGGAACAUAUUUGCGAAUAAUAGCCCGUCGCUAACUGCUUACUGUGAAUUUUAAUAUUUGGCAUAAUUUGGCCACUUGCAGAUAUGUUUAUAUACAGCCGAUCCUAGGUAUUUUGGGUCCUCUUUUUAUGGCAUCUGCGUUUAUAUAUACUUGCGUGAGCCGCCGCCAGCCUAGAGGUUGGAAUGGCCACGAUUUGCAUACUUUGUGGAUAUAGCAAGGAUAGAGAUACCAGUGAAUCGAGCAUGCAGGAUAUACGAACCUGUCUUUGAAGUUGCU